GCAAGUUCUCACAACCCGUGAAGCGUAAAUAGGGUAAUGUAUCUAAUACAGCUAUAAAGCGGACGCAGUUGGUGGAGCCAAUAAGUAGUACCAAAAGAAAAAGAGCCGAACUGCAAGAAGGAUGGCCGCCAACAAGAGAAUGGGGCUGCCUCUUAGAAGUGCAGCGACAAUAGCAAAUGGUACUAGGAGAGUGUUCAAGACCGUUUUUAGCAUCGCGUCUAGGAUGAAGAGAAUGAUGACCCCAAUCCAUUUGAGGAUGAGCCCGACCCAUUCCAUGGGGUAUUGCAGUAGUGCGAAAACAAAUCCGAUCGACUCUCCAGCGAAACGUAUGGAUGGUUCGAGGAGGGUGAGCCAUAUUAUCUGCUGGAGAAACAGGGUCGGCAGGCGGAUACAGGGGUUGUCAUGUUGCGAGAGUCGUGUUUUACUGUCCAAGUCUCGAAGAUCAAGUCGGGUCUCCACGUUGUCUUCAACAUUUUGGGAGAAGGUUGCGUACCCGCGUUCGGCCUGACCCUGGGCGCUGCCGAGCAAAGGUGUUCGCACAUUAUUGUCAACCACAUGUUGGGGGCGACUAGUGUUCCAAUCUUGUUUAGUUCCCGCAGUCCAAUAAACGAGGGACAAUUGGCCGGACAAACCCUUCUCCCCGUUCCAGAUCCGGUUCAUAUUCUCCCAUCAGACCGAUAUAUAUUCAUCGCAGUCACGGCAACGGGGGUGGAUUGUUGCUGGGAUCAAUAGCGAUAAAAGCUGGAAAGAACGGGCAUGGGAAGAAGACAGAUUCGAAAGUGCGUGGGUGGUUGAUUCUCAGCCUUCCACUCUAUUUUAGAGGGAGCGAAGUGGGCGAGCGAGCGGGGCACCUGCAGAGGCGGAGUUGAGACGUUGGCCCUUCAUCGGAAAAUCUGGUCCGCCUCAUCCCCGGUCUUCUCAUCACUCCGAAGAACCAAUUGAUUUGCCCACCAUGAUUUCCAGGCUGGUCGUUUGCAGACUCCAAAAUUGACGCGGCUGGACAACGAUGCCGUGUGGGCAUGCCCAAUCACGUUACGACAGCAAGUGUGGCUUAUCCAACUUCAGCUGAGCAGGAAUAACAUUCUCUGCCGACGCUGGCAGUCAUUGCAGAGCGCUGCCAGAAAACGGUGCAUGGACAACGCCGUCAUGGCGGAUCCCAUCACGAUCAUCGGUCUCGCGUCAAGCAUCAUCACCUUCGUCGAGUUUGGCCUGAAAGUUGUGUCGGGAGCGAAAGGCAUACGCGAUUCUCAGCACGGGACAACCGCAGAAAUCCACCAGCUUGACCUGAUCGUGGCAGACGUUCGGGCUUUGAAUACUGAAGUCAAGCAGCAGCAACUGUCCCACAAGAAACUUUCCGAAGAUGAGCUCCGCAUCCUCGCAAUGGUUACAGAAUGCGAAAGGCUACAGGACGAACUGCAGAAAACAAUCGAGAGCCUUACGGUGCGGCCGGAUGCCCGGUCACAGACACUGGAGAGUGCACGAGUCUUUGCAAAAAGCCUUUUCAAGAGCUCCGAUCUCCAGGCGCUGCGAACGAGACUUGAUAGCUUGGAUGCGCGUAUCCGAAUGAGUGUAGGAAAUGCUAUGCAACGUGACCAACACUCAUCGAUUAUGAACAAGCUCGCGGAUAUCGAGGCCUCCCACAGAAGGAUGGAUGUGUAUCACGACUCCAAGCUCGAUCUUAUCCGGCAAGACAUCCUUCGGUUAACAACACAAACCCAGCUAGACAACGAGAGACGAGAAGCGAUUCAAGUGGCGCAGUUGUCUAGCCUGAAAAUGAAGCUUGAAGUCCUGCAGCGCGAACAGUCCACCUGCAGCCGCCAAAUCGCCGUACUCAAGAGCCUGUAUUUCCCCGAGCUACGCCGCCGAUGGCACCAGAUCCGCGAUGCGGACCAGCGGUCCAACAACUGGAUAUAUGAUCCGGGAAAAACAUCGUUUGUGCAAUGGCUGGAGAACCAGGAGAAUGACGACAACGUUUUCUACAUUACCGGAAGAGCUGGCAGUGGCAAAUCCACGCUGAUGAAAUUUGUCUUCGAGGACGAGCGCACUAUUCACAGCCUGAAGAAAUGGUCUGGCACCGCGAAAUUAUACAUGGCCGCUUACUACUUCUGGAACCAAGGGACAGAGAUGCAAAAGAGCGGCAUCGGCCUUUUUCAGUCGCUCCUAUACCAGAUCCUCAAAUCUGCCCCAGGCCUUAUCUUAUCCGUCUGCCCCGACCGUCUGGACCAUGAAGCGUGGGAAAUGGAAGAUCUAACGGACGUCUUCGAGGCCAUCGGGCGACAAACUGAGCUGGACUUCAAGUUUUGUUUCUUCAUCGACGGGCUCGACGAAUAUGCUGGGGAGGAGAAAGACAUUAUCAAACUCCUCGAGACUCUUUCCAGAUGCGGGCAUGUCAAGAUAUGCGUGUCAAGCAGGCCUGAUCGUCAAUACGAGGACUUUCUGAGAAGGAGUCGCAGCCCCUGUGAUAUCGCGCGCUUCACGAAGGAAGACAUGAGGAGGUAUAUCAACUCACGCCUGGCCUCUAGUUCUAAUUGGCAACGACUGGCCGCAUCAGAUCCUAGUUGCCUCGAAAUCAUCGACGAGAUAUCCGCUCGAGCCGCGGGAGUCUGGCUCUGGGUCUCUCUCGUCACCGACGACAUCGUCAGGGAAGCGGAGAGAAGCGAGCAGGUGGCUACCCUACGAAAGAUUGUCGAUGAAUUCCCAAACGACCUGUACAGCUACUUUGAACGCAUGAUUUCUCGCAUUCCCAAGCUCCAUCGCGAGGAAAUGGCGCAGAACUUUCUCGUUGUCGUGGAAGAGCUGCAACCACUGCCUCUCUACGCCUUCUUUUUACUCGAAGAGGAGAGGAAAAAUGAGGACUAUGCCAUUAAUGCUCAAAUAGCACCCACGUCUAGGGCGCUAAUCAAGGAACUAUACCCUUCUUUGAGAGACCGGGUUAGAAAUCGAUGCAGUGAUCUUCUCGUCAUCGACGAUGAACCUCUGGCUGGAGGACCGUCAGUUUUCUCAAGCCACUCCGUCGACUUCCUGCAUCGCACCGUGCGCGAUUUUCUACGCGUGUACGAACCCGAGCUGAAGAAGCACCUGGUCCGAGAAUUCGAUCCUUUGGUUUCUCUGAGCAGGAUUUGUCUCGGUUUGCUAAAAGCCCUUCCUGUCGCUAACUUCCGAGAUCCGAAUUACACGAACAGAAUCAUCGGGCUUACAGACGAGCUCUUGUACUACGCGCGCGAGGUCGAAAAACGAAGCGCACUUCAAGAAGAGUCCCGGCUCGUCCCCCUCCUUGAUGAACUAGACAAAGUCAACAGCCAUCGCGCUCGUAAUGUCAGCAACCAUUGGACACAUGCGCGAGAUUCGCCGCCGUCACGAGGUCUCGAUCAGUACAACGAAGGUGGCCGUUGUAACUUUCUCGCCCUGACAGUUCAAGCACGGCUUGUCAAGUAUGUCCGGGCGAAGCUCGAAGCAGACCCGCGCAGGUUGGAGAAACAGGGUCGGCCGAUGUUGGACUACGCUCUUCGUCCCCGCCGAUCAACGCCGAUUUUCAUGCCCUAUCACUCCGUCCGGGACGACCCUAGUCUUGAUACUAACAUGGUUGAACUCUUGCUUAAGCACGGGGCGAAUCCAAACCAGCCUGUGUAUCUCAACGACGGAUAUUCGGUCUGGGCUCUUUUCCUCAUCUCGAUGCACGAAACCCAUAAGGUAGACGGGGCCGGAGGAAGUCCUACCUACCAGAGCCUGAAUAAGGCUUGGUUUCAAGCUUGUAGAAUGCUGAUCCAGGCUGGCGCACGCCCGGACUGUCUUCGCGCCGGCCGUCGUGAGGGCGUAGAUGUCCCAACAAUCUUCACACGCGUAUUCGGCGAAGAUAGGGCAGCUAUUCUGAGUGAGGAGAUGCGGCGACAGGAGGAACAAGCACGAAAUGGAAAAGGCUGUCUUGUGAUGUAGUAACGCUCAAAUCCACCACUCUGAGACUGCUAAGUGCUGUGCCGGAAUUUCCUGCAGAUGCCGUGUUUGUUCAAUCUACUCCGUAAGGUGGUGCGGAUACAAGGGUUUGAUUUCGGAACAAAGCAUACUCCUCCUGGCAGUUAAAAAGAGCGGAAUAGGAGUUUCUGGCGUAUGGAUGAUUGUGCCCCAAUAUUUUGUUGCGCAGUAUACAGCAUUCUCGGAUCAACCCUAAGGCGUCUGUACGCCUUCCUUGAAGUUUCCAGGUGUAGGCAAGGUUGCCCAUGCUGGUCAUGGUGUCGGGAUGUUCUGCACCUAGCACCCUUUUCGUCCUCUCCAAUAGCUGUACAAACACCUCUUCUGCCGCCUGCCAGCGACCCUCAACUGAGUAUAUCAACCCCACCAUAUUCACACUACUUCGCGUAUCUUCAUGUUCUGCACCUAGAUGCUUUAUCUGCAUUUCCAUUGCUUUGACCGACAGUUUCUCCCCCUGAGCCGCAUCUCCUUUUGCCCAGUCAUACCAUGCGGCCUUGAAAUACUAAGGUAGAAUUUAUCUUUAUUACUACUUACUAGCCUAGCCACUAAAAGUUAGUAGUCUUUCGUCUGCUAUAAAGGUCCUUGGCCUUUUAGAGGUUUGCGAGUAGUGUGAAAGGUCGUAAUGAGAGUAGAUAGGUUAUCGCGAUAGGUUCAUUCCAAGAAUAAGGAUCUUAUGG